UUUUGGAGCAAGGCUGACCUGGUUGAAUCUUGAUUCUGCGACUUACCAGCUGUGUGACUCUGGACAAAUUGCUUAGCUAGUAGGACUUUUGGUUUUGUCGCCUGUACAAUGAGGGUGACAUUAUCUUUUUUGUAGGAGUAUCGAGCAUUAGAGAUAAUGAGUUCAUGGCGUGUAGCAGGGCACCUGUCAUGUGAAGGAUACUCAGUUAAUAUUUGCUUAGUAAAUGAGUGCCAUUCUGGAAAACACAAUGAAUAAGAAAAAGGCUUUGUUUUAUUCAAGCUAGAAUAAGCCUUUUGAUCUCUGCCAGGUAGCCAGGAGCCUUCUUGAGGUGGGAGUAAAAUUGGAAGAGUCUCUUUAUAAUGAAGCAAUAUAAAAGCUGAGACUAGGGACAUCGUCAAUGAGUAGCCUGUGCAAAAUAGUUGAUAUUUCUCCCCAUCUUUUGUGUUGUAAUGACUCCUUUGAUGGAUCCCCUUUACGUGAGGUUGGCGGUGACCUUGGUGGCUAUAGGUGGGGGUAGGUAAGUGGUAGAUUUGUAAUGUAGUUCAGGCUGUGGAUGACUGGAUGGGGUGUUUGAGGAUUCAUGUUCCCUGGUGUUUUAUGGAUUGAGAAAUAUUGGGUGAAGCUGAUAGAACACAUCUAGGCAUUCAGGAAGCUGGACUUCUUGGCCCUAGUUUUCUUAGGGUUUUGAUCUUGUGUCACAGAACAGGGCUUAACUCAGAUGCUCCCCAGAAAUAGGGCUGGUAGCUGGGAGUUCACUGUCCCUUCUUUGCCUUUUUGUUUUUAGUGUAGUUUAUGGGGGUAGUUCUUAGGGCACCAGUUCCCAACAAACACCCGAGGAAUGUGUCUCCAGAAGUAUAGACCUCUUAAUUGUAUAAUGCCAGGUGUGCUCCAGUUUGAGUUUACAGUCCAGAUGAGGAAGAUAGGUUUGAGUUUUUCGGAGGGCAGCCUUCUCGUCUGGUCCUUGAACCCCUGCCCCAGCCAGCUGCCUCUCCUCUGGGCUCUCAAAGCAGGUACCAAACUGUAUUUGCAAGUGGCUGUUAACCUGUCUCUCUCCCACUCGGGGCAAGAUCUUUUAACUCGGGAAGCUUCUUAGAGGCCCUCCGUGGUAGGUGCUGAGCAGUCCUGGUUACUGUGUGACCCAAACCGGUCCUUCCUUCUUGAAACGAAAGCAGGUCGGACCUAUCCUCUGAACUCUUAGGAAGCAAGGUCCUGUGUAAACAAAAGGUGAGGGAAUUAGCAAUAGCAUUACUAGUUAUUGUCUAGAGUUGAGUUAAUGUGGUUCAGUGAUCUUCCAGGUGCUUGGCUUCAGCUGUUUCCCUUUUUAGCCUUCUUAUGUUCUAGGAACACAUCCCUACGCCAGCAGUAGAGGUUAAAAGCAGAGGUGAAGCACACACCGGUAUAUUUUCUUGCUAACCACCAUCUUCCAACAAGUCUGACUGCUGGCAUCCUCUUUGUUACUCAUUAAGUUCCUGUGAGUGCCCCAUAACCUGCUUGCUUUUCUGGCCGUAUUGCUCAUUGUCUGGGUGCGCUCCCCGCUCACAGCCAGGACCCACUACAACGUUGUUAAUGCCUACACGAGUCAAAAGGACGAGACAAGUAGCUGAAAGUGACAUGAUGGGGUUUUCCCUGGGCUCUACCCCUUGCCCCUCAGUGUGGGAGUGCACGGAGCAGUGUGGCGUAUCUUUGCCAAUGGCGUCUUGGCAGGGCUGGUUAGCUGCUUCGUAUGUUCAGCCGAUUUGAGAGGAGAUGGGGUGAGGCCAGCAGGACGGGGUUGUGCUGUGUACAUUUAGGCUUCAGAGGGGCUGAGUCUCCUGCACUGGCCGUGAGUGUGAGAGUGGGACCUCUCGUUAGUUACUAUCUCGUAAGUGCCAGCUGUCUGCGAGGUGACCUUUAGAAGCUGGAAAGGACACGGCCCCCCAUUUGUGAAGAGCUCUGCUUUCCCAGUGAACUGUCGGGGGGACCUCCCUGAGGGCGGGGCCGGGAAGUCAGUCUAGACUGUGCUGGCCUCGCCGUGUGCCUCACUCAGCUAACAGUAGCAUAGAACGCUGGGUUUAUCAUUUGGGGUACUGAACAGGCCUCUGCACCUUCCCAGGUAAGCCUGCGCGGACUUCAGUCUCAGAAGCCUUGGAGGGCCUUUACAUCAGGGCAGAAUCGUCAGGGCUUUCCUGUGGCUCCCUAGAGGAGGCUGCUUUCCAUGCUUUGCCCUGGGAUUGGAAACAGAGUUCUAUCCCAGUUCUGUCUGUGGUCUUGGGCAAGUCACUGGUCUUCUCUGUCCCUUCAGAAUGGGAGAACUCCACCUGUUCUUUGGGCCUCAUUGGGCCACAAGAAUCAAAGGACAUACAAUGGAAGGCAAGUGCUUCCAGGAUGGUAAAGCACAGUGCACACGGAGGGGUUUUGUCCGUUUGUCCAGGAAUGCUGUUUUCAUCAUAAGCAUAAUAUGUGUCCUUGCAUAAAAUACCAGCCAUACAGAAACAUAUGCAAAAGAAAAAGUGAAAAGACCCCCCCCCCUUUCUUCCCCCACUGCUCCUGUCUAAGCCCCUUUCCUAGAGACAGGGAACUAUCCUGUUUCCUUCUAAUCAUUUUUGUGUGCUUCUAGACAUUCCUCAUGUAUCUCUUGUACUAAAAACACAACUCAGUUGUAGUCCAUGCUGUUCUUCAGCUUGCUCUCUUCACCUAACACUUUACCUGGGGUCAGGCAGCCCCUUUUGGAGCCUCCUUCCCAGCUCAGGGGCUUCCUCUGGGGCUGGGUCCUUGGGAGGGACAGAGAAUCUUUACUAGAGGUUCUCACCAUACCAGGCCUGCUGGUUAUCUCUGAGGGGUGGUUUUUUAUGCUGCGAUGAAGUCGUCUGGCAGGAGUUCCCUGAGUGGGAAUUGGGAUGGUUCUAAACAUGGUGUGGGCACCACCUCUUCCACCUCAUAGGCGUUUCUCCCCGCUGCGCUUCUGGGCUCUGCGGCUGGGAAGAGAGUAAACUCACCUGAUUUCUCAACCUCUGCUUCAGCGCACAGACAGUCCCUGGUUUCUGAAAUCCGCCUGGAUUUACCUAGGUUACUUGCUGCUCUGUGUUUUGAAAGCAAACCAGACCUGGCUGGUGUUUUUCGGUUUUAUUUGGGGGCGAGGAUUCCGAAGGGAGCCUGUCAAUGGCCAUGAAUUCUUAGCAGUCUAGGGAAGAGGUCAGAGCCUAUAGGAAGAGUUGUUCUUUCUUCUCGGUGGUCAUCUCCCCCUCUGGGGUCAGGCCUUGGCCUUUUGGGCUCUGGGGCUGUUGUCAGAGUACUACGGGGAACCCCGGGAUUAGGCAGUUGGGAAUGAUAAACCUAGGCUUGGGAGGUGGACCAGGCCCCCAUGUGGUGCCAGGGUGGUCGCUGUUCUCCCUCCACCCUGAGUCGUCAUUUCAUCCGCAGGGCUUUCCAGACAGAAGAGGAAUCCUUCUGGUUUUUCCUUGCCAACAUGGUGCCCUCUCAGCACAAGCAGUACUUGCUGCUAUAUUUGCUGUAGGUCUCCUCUCCUGCCGCUCCAGGGGUCACAUCUUGUGGGGUUUCUGGGACUCCGCCACUGCGGCUCCAUUUGUCUUGAGAUCUCUAAGCCACGGGGGGUCACUUCCCCUAGGGUGGUUCUGGAGGCUUUGGGAGAGAUGUUUUCUGCUGUUCCCUCUCUGGGCACUGCUCGUUCUGAGCGGGUGGCAUGGUCACUGCUGGGUGCGUGAGGAGCCUGGCUGCAGCAUGGCCUUUAUCCUUGCUCUCUGGGCUCCUCUGGGGCAGCUCCCUGGGAAGUGCCAUCCCCCUGGCCUGUCAGAAACUGAAAGGUGGCACCGUGCCACCCCUUCCCACGGCUGGCCCAGCUCUGGGCCAGGUCACACACUGCCCCAUUGUAUGGUGCCUUCGAUGCGCUUCUUGUCGCGGCCUCUGAUCCCCGCGCCAGUCCUCUCCUGGCGCCUUGCCUCGGAGCCUGGGGGCGGUGGCGGGGUGGGCUCUGCUCACACAGGCCCGGGGUGGGUGGCCGUGGCAGCUGUGGCCGGCUUUGUUCUGACAGCCCCGCUUUCGGAGCUGUGUUGCGGCCUGGCAGCGGUGUCCAGGGAGAAGGCAAGGCAGGGGAGCGGCCCUCUGGCAGCCGUGCCCCCUUCCGCCACAGCUCCCCUCUCUGCGCUGACCAACCAGAGAGCCCUGUCACCUGGGGCCAGCCAGCUGGACUCACUGGUUGGCAGGGGGCGUGCUGCCCUUCCGCCUGGCAUGAUCUGUGGAUGGGAGAAGGCCCCCGAGGGUCUAGUGCUCCGGAGUCGGGCUGCUCUCAACCAAGCUGUCUGUUUAUAUGGAGUGCCUGGAGGGCGUCUGCCAUGAGUCUGUCGCUAACCGUGCUAACCAGGAGAGCUGGCUGGUUGGGCAGAAGACACUA